AUGUUUGAACAAGAGGUCGAGCAGCAUCUGGAGAAAUUGGCAAAGGCAGAACAAGAAAAAGACACCAAGAGUGUGAGGAGGAGGCUGAACUUUUGCGAGAAACUGAUCCCACCCCCAGACGAAACGAGUGAAGAGGAGGAGGAGGAAGAAGAAGAAGAAAAAGAGAAGGAACAUGAGAAGAAGGAAGAUGUGUGUGAGGAUGAUGAAGAGGCUGAUGACAAGAGCACGGACGCAGGUCUGUCAUCAGAAGCAGAGUCAACAGAUUUGGAUGAUGAUGACUGCAGUUCAGCCGCACCAGACGAGGCUGAAGAGGAUGAGAGCCCUUCAGAGGAUGAGGAAGAGUCAAGUGAAGAGUCUGAAGAGAGUGAGGAGGAGAGUAGUCCCAAGGCAAAGAAGGGUGGAGGGAAGGAUGAGAAGAGUGAACAGGUAAAGGGCAUUCUCAAGGUGUCCCAGAAGGCAGACAACAUGUCUACCACAGCCAAAGCCAAUAGUGUGACGCACAAGAGCCAGUGGGACCAGUUCAACCGACAAAUGCUGGACCGAAAGAAGUUUCCUGCAUCUUUAGCGAGCCACGUGUUGAAGAACAAGAAUGACGUGUUCAACGAGUGGUUGGCCGCGAAGGGGUGUUGGGAAGAUGUUGCUAUCAAGUUUGAGCGCAAGGUUUCCGAGAUCAAGGAGUUCAAGAAAAGUCGUGGAGGUUUAAAGAAAAGGGACAUCCUUCUAAAGUAUCCAAAAGAGAAAGCAGAAGACUUGGUGCGUCGCCUUCGCAGCAAAGGGAUGUGGGAGUGGGAUGAAGAUUUUCCUAACGAUGAGGAGGAAAUCUUCUACUAUUGUGGCACUGGAGGCGAGCUCUCUAAGAAGACAAAGGUUGAAGAAUCUCAGGGGGCUGUCAUCAAAGACAAGACCAGGGAGUGCUUUGACAUCAUGACUCAAGAGGGUGCUCCUUUGGCAGCUGGGGUUUUGCCUGCCAUUGGGAACGCUUCACCUGAGGGCGAGAAGGCCAUUAACGAAGCUUUGAACGGUGAAACUACCAAGGUCAAAAACCAACCAAAGCCAAAGAAGGAAGAGGCAGAGAAGGUGAAGCCAACCACACCGAAGGAAACAGCCAUUGCUUCCCUACCGGACAUCCUGAAGAGUGCCACAGACGCCAGGAAACACGCCCUGGCUCUGAAGCAUCUCAACUAUGCUGGGGAACUUGUCAGUGGCUUGAUGGGGUUUUCGACCAAAAUGGAAAAGAUCUAUGAGAAGAUCAAGGAGAUUCAGGAUAGUGAAGAUGAACACCGCUUCAAGAAGUUCAAUUCCAGUGUGGAGGAGCAACAAAGUUGGUACAAACAAGCGGAGGCUAGACUCUGGUGGUUGGGCCCGUGUGCCAACGAUGACAAGUGUUCCCCAAAAAACAGUUAUACUUAUAGUGACUAG